AUGAGCAAUAUGGAGAGACUAAAGCAACGGUUGGAGGAGUCGCUACAGAAACACAAAAAUAGGUUAUUAAAGACGCGUCAUAAAAAGGCGAAGUGGUCUAUGGAAGAGAAGGGGACAAAGAGUACCAACUACACAGGGGAAGAACCAAACAAAAUAGAAAAGGCAAAGAAUGAGACGGCAGACUCAGGAAGAGUAAAGACAGCAGCAACGGGAAGAGAGAAACAUCCCAACAUAUAUGAUCGGAAUAAUUUGAAAAGCAGAUUGAUCGAAAGGUUAGGGAAUGCAAAGGUUCCUCAGGUGAAAGGGAAAAAGGAAAGAAACACAGUGGUUAGUGGUCCUUUGAAGGACAAACUGCACUGUAAAGCGAACUCAUCAAGGAGUGUAAUACGAGAGGGUAGGGGCACUUCCUUCCGUGACGGGAAAACAAACAGGGAUGGAGUAGCAAAGGGGGUGAUUCCCCAUCAGAGUGAACCUAACCAUGCAGUGGAGGAUGACACGAUGGAGGAACAUCAUCAGGAGGGACAUGUCUUGGAGGAGCGCGCAUUGGAGGACGGAAACUUCGAUGGAGUCUCCAAAGAGAUCAGAGAUAACCUAAAUGACCUGUUCAGACAUUUUAUCAAUUGCAAGAUUAAAAACCUGUAUGUUAUUCAUGGGGAUGGGGGGAAGGUUCCUAGGGGGGAGUUCGCAGAAGAGGGCAGGGGUGUCAUGAUGAUUCCAGGGGUAGGAGAAAGCAAGGAGGUACAGAAGGGUUUCAUUGGACAGGUGGCUGCUGAGAAGAAGCAACUGGGUGUCGCGUCCCCUGACGUCGAUGAGGUAGGAUGUGAAAACGAUGCGAAAGGGGAAGAAGAAGGACUAUACAGCCAUCUAUGCCAUGUUAGAGGUGGGCAGAGCAAUUUCAACGGUGAGGGGGUUGCUAAUGGAGUCAGUCAAAGAAGAGACACACGGAAGGAAACACAAAUGAUAGGAGCAAGCAUCCGGAGGGGGGGAAAAAAUGCAAGCAUGAUAGCAGACGGGAGAGUAGUCGGAUCGAGCGAAUUCCUGGGAACAGACAUCGGAAGCGAAAGCUACAAGAGAACUUUUGUCAAACUAAUGCAAAUAAAGAAAAAAAUAAAAAAAAAAAUAGAAAAAUUCGAAGAUGGAGAAAACAGAUUGUUUGGCACCGACAAGAGGACCAUGUGCACUUCCGAUGCGUCAAAUGAGGAGAGGAACCUAUCACUUAGGGACAUCUCGACAUUCACAGAUGGUAACGUCUCAUCUGCGAAGGGGAUUAACCAUUGGGGGGUCGUACAGGUGGACUCCUCUGUGGCUUCCGCUGCCAGCACCAACCAAGAAGUUUCUUCAACAGGGGAGAGCAUCGAGCUCUUCACGACACAGAAAAAUAUUUUCGUCUGCAAUUACUACACGAAGAAGUCGAGGAGGAGUAAAGAUAGUCGCAGGGAAAGGAAGGAGGGGGAGGUGCACUUGGUGAGUGAUGCUGCCAAUUUUUUGGGCAGUGCCUUUUCCCUUGCCAGCCACUCCACUGCGAUGUGUGAGGUGGGGAAGGGGCAGUUGAACGAGUGUCAACCAGCGGAGUGUUACUCGGCAGAGUAUGAGGGCAAUUGCAACCCGCACAAACAGUACGCAAGCUCCACCUACGGGCGCGAUUAUAGGAGGAAACCAACGAGGAAGGGCAGCACGCAAGUAGAGAGAGUAACGCAGGGAAGAGGCAGCCAUGUGAACAGGAUCCCGGAUCAAAGGGAAAGACGGCAAGAGAAGAGAAGAGAUUACCCCGGAAAGACAAAGUAUGAACUUAGUUCGUGUCCAUCGAGUUCACUUUCCUACCAGGGGAAUUUUUUAUCUCCCUCCAGAAGGAACGCAUUCAAAUGUUUGAGGGGUGAGGUUAGGAGAGGUCUGAGCACCCACAUGGGAAGACAAUCGAAUGACGAAUGGAGUCGCACAGGGGAGAGAUAUGCCAAGUGGAACACCCGCGACAGGGGUAGGGAACCUCAUUACGCAAGUGAAAACAGACCCCUCGGUCCGGAACAAAGUGCCACCUGUGAGCAGGAGGGAGCCAAAUGUGAAAUGAGAAGUGUAAUGCAGUGUGAGAUGAACAUGUGCAAUAAGCGUUCUGUUGAGAAGGAGGGGGUGAAUCGAUUCCCUAUUUGGUGUUGGCCUAGUGAGAAAGAAGGGCCUUACAAAGGCGGAGGCGUGCAACCACCGCCACCGGUUCAGUGGAACAGAUGCAGCAGCAAGUUUAGCCCUUCGCUUAGCGGUGAGAGUGUCGGCCAUUGCUUCGUUGAGCUUAACGGUCAGUAUAGCCGCCCCGGUGAUGGUCCCCGUGAAAGAGCACCCCUGAGCGGGAACAGAACGAACACCCAUGCAACCCACCUUCAGUUAACUCGAAGUGCUCACCACUCCUGUGACGAACAAGCCAAAUGCUACAUAUGCUCAUUCCCCAUCCGUAACAGUGAGGAGGAAUUCAUUUUAAAAAGAAAAAAAAAGGACUACCACGUGGGGAGGUUGCAUAAAGAGGACACAUACAGACAGAAGGAAUGCACAUCGAUAGACUGUUUGAACGAAGCCGAUUUGUUGUAUCGUCGUAACAGAUGUGAAGUGAGUCAUCUGGCCCAAGGGGGAUAUAGCCAUGGAGAGAUGAUCCAACGAGACAUACAUACUCAUAAGAGAAGCACAAAUAGUGAGAGGGGUAUACUCCGCUCCAGACAGACAAUCCAUGGAGAUUCAGGAAAAUUAUCCUAUAUGGCUGAUCAGGAAGGGGAGCCACAAAAAAUGGAGACUCCCGAAAGGUACAUAGAGAUUAGACACAUGGGAGUGGAUGUCCAUCCGAGUGAAGAUAAGGGACCUGGGAAUGGUACUAAUUGGAGAUACCCCUCAGGGGAGGAAGACGAGAAGGAACAGGAGAAGAAAGGUCAGCAACAUGAGCCCCCGUUCGUCAACGAUUCGAGUGAUCUCACAUAUGGAGGCAAGUGGAAAGGGGAAGAAAGUCAUAAAAGGGAGGAAGCUAUUUGGGAUGGGGAGGGCUUCUCAUUACAGACAAGUAUCCACCAGGGAGGCGUGCAAAGAAACAUUCCCACCUGUGCAGUGAAGAGAAACGAUGGAUUGGACAACACAGGGAGCAAAAGUCAGUGGAGAAACAGCCCACUGAGGGUUGCCCUACAUGAAGGGAGCUGUGCCAGGAAGGAGCCUACCCCUCCAGUGGUAGCCCCUCGUGAUGUGGACCACUUCAGCGAGCCAUACAACACGUGGGUGUAUAAAGAAAGGGUUUCUGCGUCUGCCGAACGAGAGGGGGUCAGCAUAGAAAGUGGCAUAGUCAAUGAAAGCACGCGAGGGAGGAAACCCAAAACACGCUUCUGGAACAUCAGCGAGGGGGACACGUUCAAUUUUCCCGUGGAAGGGAGCUCAGGAAAAGUUCUUCAAUUGGGGGGGCUUCUCGAAGAGGGGCCCGCAGAAAGGCACCAAGGAUUUGGCACAGAAGGAGGGAUAAAUAGAAGGCGCGCCCCGUCGAACGGCGCCAUUCUGAAGAAAGUCCUAAGAAUGAAGAUCGAGGCCAUGAGAGGGGAAAAGGGAAACAUGGGAGGACAACCACAGCCAGGGAAAGUGACACCACCAAUGGGCCUCGCCCAGGGUGAACCUAAUGCACAUAACAUACCAGAUGGAGAGAGAAAACUAUUUAGAGGACAGGGGCAGGGAGGGAUACCAACACAUAGAGAGGCGAAACAGACAGACAGUGGGAAUGGUGAAGGAUGGGUGCGCGACAAAUUGUUUGGACAGAUGGGGGGAGCAAAUGUGGGGGGACCCAGUCGCAGCAGGGGAACGUUCACUAGGGGUACUCUGAAUGGAGCUAGCAUGAAUGGAGAUAUUCUAAAUAGAAUUCCGCUCAAUAAUGAUCCUCCCAGUAGACUUCCCCCAAGGAGUCGCGUGGAGAAAGACGCCCCUCGUGAAAUUGCUGCCCCUGUCGGCAGUCCCAAAAUAGGGGCGUGUUCCCUUCGAAGCACAUCAACCCUGGAGAGGAUUCCUUCGUCGAGGCACACUCACAGAAGGUACUCCCUGAGGAGCGCACUCACUAGGAAGGCACCAAUCACAGUGAAACAAGUGGGCACAGAAGGCCCAAGACACGAUGACAAUAACAACAGGGACGAUGAUGACAAGGACGAUGAUGACAAGGACGAUGGCGGCAACGACGAUGACAACAUGGAGGUUCAACGUUUUAACGAGUCCUACUACUGCAACUUGAACCGCAUCAAGAGUGACGACGUGUACCCGAAUUCAGAGGAACCAAUUAGCACAUCCGAGAAGAGGAGUUUAAUGAAGGCCUACCUUCAGGACGUGAGGAAGAAGAAGAGGAAGGAGGAAACGAGAAAGGUGUUCAAUUAUAAUCUCAAGUAUAACAUUGAGUUCUUUAAGUUCGCUCAGCUUAUAUGUCAGGACAACCGCUUCUGCAGCAAUUACUUGGGACACAUAGGCACCAACGUGGCUGCCAAUGGGGACGACAUCGACCGAAUCGCCUUCUCUAUCGUGAGGCUGUUUAAUGGGCGAUGA